AUGAGUACUCUCUUCUUUCAAAUCAGCGCAUGGAACCCCAGUACCAUCCUGCCCAUCCUCAUGGUGCUCGGCGCGGACGUGCUCCGUCGGUCCCAAUCGGUCCCAGGUGUCGCGCCAUUCUCCAUCGGUUGGCCGGAAUUCCUGCUCGACCUCUUGGCCCGCGGCCGCUCUACCCUUCCUGUAGAGUCGCCCUGCACAGUUAUCAAUGCCAGGUCCGGCUACGCGCGUACGAACCGCUCCGCCGUCCUCGAGCACCUCCUUCGCAGCCACAACACCACCCCUACGCGCGGAGGCCUCACUCUCACUUUCCUCUACACUUCCCAGCGUCCCGGUAUCCCUGGUAAUGAUAUUGUCUCCUACACUGCGCUCGCCACCGUGUUUCUCCAACUCGCCGCCGCCGGCGUCCUCCCUAUCCUGGGUAUUGGUUCCGACCACAUCCUCACCAUCACCGCCUCCGGGACUAUCCUCUCGACGGCCGCGGGACUCUUGCUUCGCCGCCAGCAACAGCGCGAGCUUUGCACUGCGCGGGAGGUGCCAGCAUCACGCCGCGACGUCGUGUGCAUUACCAGCGGCAAUGGCAGCGCCGAAGCGAUCGUGGUCGUCAAUGAAGGCGGUGGCGUGCGGAUCGAGGACCUCGCCGCCGGCCGCGCUGGCCAGCUCGGCAUCGCCGGGAGCCUUGGCCUGGGGGUACUCGUCGUCCUGUGGGCGGCGGUGCUCCUCGCGCUCACCGCGCUGGAGUCUGUCGACGCGUGGUGCGUGCUCGCUUUGUGUGGCGCGGGUACUACGUACACGACAUAUGCCGCGAGGAAGUGGCGGGGCGGAGCGGCGCUCGGAUUCAAGUUCGCGGAGGAGAGGAAGACAGUGGUGCGGGCGGACAAGGUGAUGGAGGUGCUGAUGAAAGCGGAGGAGCUGGAGACGGGAGUCGGGUCCGCGCUCCUUCCCGUCUUCUUCCCUGGAGCGCUGAGGCCCGAGGAAGAGCUGUGGUGGACGGAGAGGAAGCAAGCCCUCAAGGCCACGAAGGGCUUGAAGAUGUAG